UGGAAAACUACGGAGAACACAGUAAUUCGCUGACCCAUGUUUUAGAAAAGGGAAGAUUACCCCACUCUUUUUUUCGUUUCUACAAUAUAGCGUGAAGCAUCUGUAUGUGAUGGAGGUCGGACCGCACGUUGCACGAUACAAAGUCGGACCGGACCUCGCCACUGCGGACCGUUCAUCACGUCAUCGUUCAGCAGCGGACCGGUCUGCCGCCGGGGUGCCCACUCCCGGCUGCAGUCGCGGUCGAUUGGGGUACCCUGAACCGUCACCGCUACCGGCGCUGUUCCGCUCCCCUGAGAGGAUCCCUCGGCGGCGCUGAGCGGUCCGCUGCAGUGCCGGGGCCGCCCGCCCGGCUGUGGCGCCGGCAGUGCCGUCUCGCGGCGGUCUCUCAGUCGGCCACCAGCGCCGUGUGUGAUCGUACGGCUGGUGCCGCGACAUCGUCCACCGGUCUCACCAUGCGCGCGCUACCCGUGCUGGCCGCUCUGCUGGCCGUCGUCGCCGUCUGUGCAGGGAUGCGGUUACAAGGGUGGCGCUGGAAUCCCCGCUGGCAGCGGCCGCAGACACGGUCCGGUUUCGCAGACCCUGAGGAGGAGACCACGCAGGGCCGCAAGCUGUGCACCACCGACGACGGCUUCGAGGGCGUGUGUCGCCGGCGGAACCGCUGCCCGCCCAGACGUCUGCGCGUCUCGGCCAUCGAGACGCUGUGCUCCGGCGGCCGGCGGCGGCGCCGGAAGAUCUGCUGCCCGUUCCCGCUGCGACGCCAGAAUAUUGAUCGUCCCGAGCCAGAUCCGGUCGAAGUGACCGUGGAAGUGGAGCCGGACCCUGCGGCCGGGGGAGGUGUCGAGCCGGCGGGCUCCACGGCCGGUGACCCGGGCGCGGGCGGCUCGCUCGGCUCGCCGCUGGGAGGUCUGUUCGGCGGCGACCCGUGGCUGUCCUGGGGCUCCACGGCGCCGCCCCAGACCAGCACCGGCAGCGGGUUCUCGUUCGGCACGAGCCCGUUUGCUGGCAUUGAAGGAGUGGUGCCUCAAAGCGGCCGUCUUCGACCCUCUUCUGGCUUGGGCGGUGGCGGUGUAUUCUUUGGUUUGAGACCUUCCGCUACGCCGGAACCCGAACCAACUCGAGGAUCACUAGGCGCUAACUUUGGAGGUUUCGGUGGUGGCGGUUUUGUAAGGCCCUCAACUACCAGUGCCCCUGCCGGUAAUGGUUUUGCCGAAUCUGGUUCCCCUGGCGGAGGUUUCGUGGGGAGUGGUUUCACUAACGGCGGUUUCACUGGAGGUAGUGGUUCUGAAAGUGAUAUGUCUGGUGUUGGGUUCCCUGUUGGCAGUGGUACCUCUAAUGAAGGGUUCGCAUCUGGGAGUGGCACGGGUGGUGGUUUUUCCUCUGGAAGUGACCCUCCUCGUGGCGGAUUCCCGUCCGAUGGAGACACUGGCUCGGGGUUCGCCUCUGGUGGUGGUUUCGCCGAGCCCACCAGAGACAGUUCCUCUGGUACGGGAUUUGCCAUUGGUGGCGGGUCUUCGGACGGGGGAUUUGCCAUAUCUAGCGGUGGCUUCUCUAGUGGAAGCACACGUAAACCUUCCAGCAGUAGCCCAUUCGUCGGAGGGUUUGGUUCUGGUGCUGGUGUCUCUGUCGAGAGCACUUCGAAACCCGCCGGAAGUGGAUCUGCUGGCACCGGGUUCUCUUCUGGUAGCGGUUUCCCUGGCGGGAGCUCCUCAAAGCCUUCCGACGGCGAUUCGUCAAAUGAAGGCUUCGCCAUGGGAAGUGAAUCGUCUACUUCCGGCAGUGGUUUUGGCCGUGGCAGUGAACCACCUACUUUUGGCAGUGGUUUUGGUACUGGCAGUGGCUCACCUGGCCGUGGUUUUGGCAGUAGCGGAGGCUCAUCUGGCAGUGGUUUUGCCACUGACAGCGGCUCAUCUACUUCUGGCAUUGGUUUUGCCACCGACAGUGGACCGUCUACCUCCGCCAGUGGUUUUGGCCGUGGCAGUAGUUUCGGCACCGACAGUGGGCCGUCUACCUCCGGCAGUGGUUUUGCCACCGACAGUGGGCCGUCUACCUCCGGCAGUGGUUUUGCCAGCGACAGUGGACCGACUACCUCCGGCAGUGGUUUUGCCACAGGCAGUGAGCCGUCUACUUCUGGCAGUGGUGUUGGCAGUGGCAGUAAUUUCGGCACCGACAGUAGACCGUCUACCUCCGGCAGUGGUUUUGCCACCGACAGUGGGCCGUCUACCUCUGGCAGCGGUUUUGCCACCGACAGUGGACCGUCUACCUCUGGCAGUGGUUUUGGCAGUGGCAGUAGUUUCGGCACCGACAGUGGACCGUCUACCUCUGGCAGUGGUUUUGCCACAGGCAGUGAACCAUCUACCUCUGGCAGUGGUUUUGGCAGUGGUUUUGGCACCGACAGUGGACCGUCUACCUCCGGCAGUGGUUUUGCCACAGGCGGUGGACCGUCUACCUCUGGCAGUGGUUUUGCCACAGGCGGUGAGCCAUCUACCUCCGGCAGUGGUGCUGCCACGGGCGGUGGUUUCGUCGGCCCUGGCGGGGCCGGUGGUGAAGGGGGCGGCCUCAGUACCGGAGGUGGGGGCUUCGCUACUGGUGGCGGCGGUAACGCUGGCGGUGGAGGAGGCUUUAUCGGCGGAGGCGGACUGAUUGGCGGUGACAAAACCACGAAUGAGACUCUCUCGGGGCGCUUGGAGUCCUCUACUGCCACACCCGCUGUAACGCACGCAGAGUGCGGGCUACCCACGCCCAAGACCGUGUGGCUGCAGCAGGACCAGCAGCCCCAGGCCCGAUCAGACCUCCUGUUCGACAUCCGCGUUAUCGGAGGCAAAAACGCCGAAAUCGGAAAAUGGCCCUGGAUCGCGCUGAUUGGAAACAAGCAGGGCAACAAGCCGCCGUUCUGGUUCUGCGGCGGCACGCUGAUUGAUAAUAGGAACGUCCUGACGGCGGCGCACUGCCUCAAACCCAGAGCUGUCAAUCUGGCCACGCUGGUGGUUCGUCUCGGCGAGUACGACACCUCGACUGGCAAUGACGGCGCCAACCCGCAGGACUACGGAGUCACCUCUUUCACCAACCACAUGGACUUCGCCUUCCCGGUGCUGCACGACGACAUCUCGCUGGUACACCUCGACCGGCCCGUGGUGUUCAACGAGGCCAUCAAGCCCAUCUGUCUGCCGGAGGGGCCGAGCGGCGACUACGCCGGCAGUCGAGUAGACGUGGCCGGAUGGGGCUACACGGAGUUCGGUGGCGAGUCGAGCAGCAUCCUGCAGGAGGUGAAGCUGCCGGUGGUGGCCUUGCCCGACUGCCAGGCCGUCUACGAGUCGUCCUCCAGCUUCAAGAACCAGUUCCCGGGCGGCUUCACCGACAAAAAGCUCUGCGCUGGAGAGGAGGAGGGCGGCAAGGACGCCUGUCAGGGCGACUCUGGCGGGCCGAUGGUCCGACAGCUGGAGAACGGACGCUACGAGCAGAUCGGUGUCGUGUCGGCCGGCGUCGGCUGCGGCAAGCCCGGCUUCCCGGGCGUGUACACGCGCGUCAGCGCGUACCUGGACUGGAUACAGCGGAACAAGAAGUAGCCGACGGCGGGGCGUGGGUGCGCUGUGGGAAAUCAAUCGGGUCGAGCGAAUGAUUCGGUGAUAAUGAAUGGAGUAAUCGAGCAGUGGGGAUGAUUCUUGCAGUGAUUCUUGACAAUCGGGUGAAAUGAUAGUGUUUUGGGGAGGAUAGGAAUUCCUUGUGAAUGCGGAUCAUGAUUGAAAUAAAAACGUUUAUUGUGAUGUAGUUUGCACAGUGGAUCACCUGAUAGCCGGGUGAUUGUUGACGCCUGAUGGUAUGCUGUACGGCUCUUCAGAAAUGCGCUUUUGGAUACGGAGCAGGCUUCCAAGCGUUGUUUGUAGACACAGUGUUUUAGGAAGCGUAUUGCGUGUCGACUUUGCUAUUAGCAAUUACGUUCCUUUGUGCCAUUAAUAUUUGCAUCGCUUGUUAGCUUCUGAAGUCAAAUUAUGUGUCUUCCUUUGUGUUGGUGUGUGCUGCUUGAGAAUGGACACUGAAAGUACCGAGAUGAGCGUAUGUGCUUUUGUCAUAGGUGUGAUUGUUGGAAAGUGAUUCCAGCUGUUUAGCGACGCUUAUUAUGUGUUCUUCUGAAUUAAAGUUAAAGACUAGAAACGCGUCGGCCGGGGUUACGAGCUUUGAGCUGAUAAUUUUGUACGUGAUGUGUCUUGUUCAAUGUGCGAGUGCGUAAUGGUGGCCUAAGAAAUGUAUGCGAUAUUUUUGUACACUUAAUGUUUCAAUAAAUGCGUACUUUUA